UCCCCACCUUCCUCCGGCUCCCGCGCCCCCGCGCCGGGCGCCCACCCUGUGCUGCUGCGGGAGCGCGGUCCGCGGCGGCGGCCGGAGCGGGCCGGGCCGGGCCGGGCCGGGGAUGGCGCUGCUGGACCUGGCCCUGGAGGGAAUGGCCGUCUUCGGGUUCGUCCUCUUCGUGGUGCUGUGGCUGAUGCAUUUCAUGGCCAUCAUCUACACCCGAUUACACCUCAACAAGAAGGCAACGGACAAACAGCCGUAUAGCAAGCUCCCGGGUGUGUCUCUUCUGAAGCCACUGAAAGGCGUAGAUCCUAACCUAAUCAACAACUUGGAGACAUUCUUCGAAUUGGAUUACCCCAAAUAUGAAGUACUCCUUUGUGUACAAGAUCAUGAUGAUCCAGCCAUUGAUGUAUGUAAGAAGCUUCUUGGAAAAUAUCCAAAUGUUGAUGCUAGAUUGUUUAUUGGUGGCAAAAAAGUUGGCAUUAAUCCUAAAAUUAAUAAUUUAAUGCCAGGAUAUGAAGUUGCAAAGUAUGAUCUGAUAUGGAUUUGUGAUAGUGGAAUAAGAGUAAUUCCAGACACACUCACUGACAUGGUUAACCAAAUGACAGAGAAAGUAGGCCUGGUUCAUGGUCUGCCUUAUGUAGCAGACAGACAGGGCUUUGCUGCCACAUUAGAACAGGUAUAUUUUGGAACUUCCCAUCCAAGGUCCUAUAUCUCUGCCAAUGUCACUGGCUUCAAAUGUGUGACAGGAAUGUCUUGUUUAAUGAGAAAGGAUGUGUUAGAUCAAGCAGGAGGGCUUAUAGCUUUUGCUCAGUACAUUGCUGAAGAUUAUUUUAUGGCCAAAGCAAUAGCUGACCGAGGCUGGAGGUUUGCAAUGUCCACUCAGGUUGCAAUGCAGAACUCUGGCUCUUACUCAAUUUCCCAGUUUCAAUCCAGAAUGAUCAGGUGGACCAAAUUACGAAUUAACAUGCUUCCUGCUACAAUAAUUUGUGAGCCAAUUUCAGAAUGCUUUGUUGCCAGUUUAAUUAUUGGAUGGGCAGCCCACCAUGUAUUCAGAUGGGAUAUUAUGGUAUUUUUCAUGUGUCAUUGCCUGGCAUGGUUUAUAUUUGACUACAUUCAACUCAGGGGUGUCCAGGGCGGCACACUGUGUUUUUCAAAACUUGAUUAUGCAGUAGCCUGGUUCAUCCGUGAAUCCAUGACAAUAUACAUUUUUUUAUCGGCAUUAUGGGACCCUACUAUAAGCUGGAGAACUGGUCGCUACAGAUUGCGCUGUGGAGGCACAGCAGAGGAAAUUCUAGAUGUAUAACUACAGCUUUGUGACUGUACAUAAAGGAAAAAAGAGAAGUAUUAUAAAUUAUGUUUGUAUAAAUGCUUUUAAAGAUCUACCUUCAGUAGUUUUAUCACAUGUAUGUUUGAUAUCUGUUCUUUAAUUUAUUUUGCAUGGCACUUGCAUCUGUGAAGAAAAAAAAAAAAACACAUCUGUAGUCUUGGCCAAAUGGUACACUUUAUUUUGUGGAAGUAGUGAAUCAAGAGAAUUGGUUCUAGGAACCUGGGUUUGGUUUUCGUUGUUUGUUUAUUUUUUAAAAAUAAAUAUAUAUAUAUAAAUAUAUGAAUGCUCUGCAACAAACACUAUGACAGUAUCCUUCAGUAGAGAAAGUUUCUUAUCUGUGAGUACACUCUUUUAGAACAUUUAUGGGAUGGCAGCAGCUUUGUUUUGGAGUUUUGGAAAGACUAGAAAGGAAUCACUUUACACAUCUAAAGUGAAUGGUAUUGUAUGGUGAACAACCCACACUGAGGUACUAACUAAGAAACUUUUUCAUGCUCUAUGCCUACCUCUUGUAGUUGUUGCAGAGCCAAUAUAAAUUGAAAUAAGGUAGCUAGGCCUUGCAAAAACAAAUGGAAAAACUUUAAAAAUAAUAAUAGUAAAAGAGCUGGAGUCUAGUAUUUAUAUGAAUCUGUGAGAGAUAUUUUUUUUGGUCUCACUGCAAUGAACCAAAAGUGGUUGAGUUUGGUUUUUAAUUGUAGCCAUGUAUUGAAGGCAUCCUUUUGACCAACUCUUGUUGGUUCUGUCUUGAACCAUUGUUAAUCACUGUGCUGGUAAACCUUUCCUUCCCUGCUCCCUUACCCGACCCCACCCCAUCUUUCCUUAACUUUUUUUUCGGGGUGGGGGGGAUUUGGGGUGGUUUUGUUUUAGUGUGAGUGGAUGUUUUGAUAGUUGUGAGGAAAAAUGCAUUUCAGACACAUUUCACACAUGAGCUAUUUUCUUACUCAGUAUGUCUUAUUGUUAAAAAGAAUGUAAUUUCAUGAUACAGGUAUUUAAUAUCUUUUCUAAGUAAGUAAAUAUUCUAGCCAUCAAAUAAAUUGCAGUAGAGUAUUAAGUGAGGACAGGAUGAGUUUUACUCUUAAAAUCAAUCAGUAUCAAACUAAGUCUACUGUGUGUGUGUUUUUUUUUUUUUUUACUCUUACAGUUAGUCUAGUCUUAUUUAAAUUGGAUUUUUGUAUUCCAGUUUGUAUGACAGAGUAGACUAGAUCAGUGCUAGUUGUAAAUGCAUGCUGUCUUUCACUCUUCUCUCCCGUCCUGCUGCUAGACUUGCUUGUCAUGUUAUGCUUAACUUGUGGUGAACUGGACUUGUUUUUGUUUAAAAAAAAAAAAAAAUAGGCAAAAUGUAAGGGAUAGUGCAUAAGCCUUUUUUUUCCCCCCUGUAGUGGAAUUUUUGCUUUUUCUCUGGGAUUGGAUGGCAUGUUGUCUACAUGAACGCCUGCUGCAGGGCUGACGCUGGCAAUAUGGCAGCUUUCAAUUCUAAGUUACUACAGUUUCCAUGUCAGAGCAUAAUGUGUAGCAUAUCAGCAAUAAUUACAUAUUUAUAGAAAACGGACACAUUUUCACCUCACUGAGCCAAUUCAUUUAAUUGUCUAAUGACUAACAUACAUGGUUUCAAGUGUAAUAUACCUAUUAAUGUGUAUAUACUAUGGAUACACAUUAUGUAUAAGCUUUUCUCUGGGCCAAACUGCUUCAAUCAAAAAAUUUUUUUUCUUUCUCUUUUUUUUUUUUUUUUUUUUUUUGCGCCUUAUGACGAAUUUGUUUGAAGGGCAUUUUCUUCAUGAACAAAGGCUUUGAUGCAUAUUCCUUUCCAUGUGAAAUGGGUAGUAUUGCUCCCUGAGGAAAGUUGCACAGUGAAAACCAGUCUAGUUGUGACCCACUUUGUGUUUGUUUUUUUUUUUAAUCUCGAUUACAAAAGUUGAAUUUUGCGAAUAUGUUUGUAAUUUGUUGGUUUGUUUAAUGAAGUUUGGUUGAUGCCAUCCUUUGCACCGCUGAAGUGAAAUUUUGCUUAUUACUUAGCUUUUUGCUAAUCUCAGUAUGGGCAAUGUAACAACAAAUCCAAAUGGCUGGACAGACUUCUUGUGUUUUGUAAAUAUAAAAAAAUGACUGUUCUGUAUGUGUGUUUUAUGUGGUAACGGAGUAUUUCCUUCAAGUGAAACUUCAUUUAAGCAGAGUGAUUCUUUGUUUAGCAAGUUUAGAGUGGUGAUAAUAUGGUAAGAAAUCAUAUAAAUGUUGAAGAAAGCAUCACAACAGAACUGUAGGAGUCCAAAUUUAAUAAACCAUUAAAAAAACAAGUGUCUAGAAUAUACCACAUUUUAUUAUUUAAAAUCAUUGUAUCAAGUUUUUUGUUGAAAAUAAAAAUUUGAAUACAAUCAAAACAUUAACAAUAAUGUAUUUUUGUUUACUGCCUUUUCCUUUUUUUAUCUUUUUAUAAGUCACAUGUUGUGCCGAUCACAUCAGAAUUACUGGGAGAAUUCUCUCAAGCGUUAAUUUUGACAUCUUCCUUUUUACAAAACUGUGCUACAGUCAGGCUUACGGCUUAACAUUGGGCUUUUCUACAUUGGUUGCACAUUAGAAACACCCAGAGAGCUUCAAAAGAAGAAAUAACACAUGCCUGUGCCCUGCCCACAGAGAUUCUGGUUCAGGUACUCUGGGACGAGGCCUGAGCUCUGCUGGUUCUGUGCAGGCAGACCUGUGAAGCAGUGUCCCGUCAUCACCUGGAGAAGAGACCCAUUGGCCCCUUGGGCCCCUCCCACCCCGGCUCCCAGCCUCACUUGGCUUCUUAGGUGGUAUCACUCCAGUGGCGGGCAAGGCCCAACCAAGGAAAGGAAAGGAAUGGCUCUAGGCCUCCCAUGCAGAGACCAGCUAGACCCAGUGGCCCACACACUGGCCAGGGCCAGGCUCCUCCCACGCUGGAGGCCUCUCCACGUGUAUUUCACCAUCAGCCUGUGAGGGAAGAAAACUUUUAACUGGAGAGUAGAUCCCAGGGGAGGAAGGGUCUAAAAAGAAUUUGAAGUGAUGAAAAUGUUUUACUGUUAAAUAGUAGUGAUGGUUGCACAAUCUUGUGAAUAUAUUAAAAACCGCUCUGAAUUGUACCCUUUAAAAGGCAAAUUUUAUGGUCUGUUAAUUAUUAUACCUGGAUUUUUUUAAAUAAAGGAAAUAUUAAAAUCA